AUGGUAGAUCCUUAUCAUUUUAUCUCUGUCCCAUAUUUGUUAGCCAGGAACUUUGACACUCGUGUUGCAUUUGAUUUUCUUGGUGAAGUUGUGUCAACUGAUCUCAUGCGAGUCAUUGUUGACAAUGGAAGAGAAAAAAGGUUAAUGAAUCUGGUUGCUCAGGAUUUAAGUCAUAAUGCUUUGGAUAUGAAUGUCGAGUCUUCUAGCCGUUCAUCGCAGCUGAACUCAGAUACUGUUGUGGCUAAUCCGGAGGAUUACUACCUCCAUUUUCAAAUAAAAAAUAUUGAUGAGAUUUCUGAUUUGAAUGAGGAAGUUGGUUUAACCAUAAUUGCUACUAUCAUCUAUUUUGAUAUGGAUGAAGGCUGGUAUUCAUUUUAUUGUUGUGAUUGUUCUAAAAAAGUUACUAAAAAUGAUGUUGAUGUUGAUGUUGACCCUUUUCACUGUGAUGGUUGUGGAUUAGUCUCAGAUGUAUAUGGAAAGAUUAGGAUAGUAGUUCGUGUGCAAGAUGAAAUUGGUUCUUCUACGUUCGUAUUGUUUGAACGUCGUGUAAAAGAUCUUAUUCAUCGUGGAAACCAAUGGUUGAUGGAAAAAAUAGCUAAGGAUCAAGGAUGCCAACAGAUACCUAAUAAGUUAAAUAUCCUUCAAAAUAAAAAGUUUGUCUUCAAAGUUCAGAUAUCCAUGUUCAAUCUGCAAAACAACUAUCGUGCUUACGUUGUGCAUAAGUUGACUGAUGAUGAAAGGGUUCUUGUUGAGGUUUUUAAACGGUCACCAAAUCAUGAACACCAUAUUCUAAAUGAUAAUGGUACUCCUAUUAACAAGCCAAAUAAGGAUAAUAUUGAUUCUAUGCAUGAUGACAAUCUUGAUGUUGUUGACCUUGAAGCUUCAACACCAUCAUCCACUAUGGGGAAGUGCCCUAUAAGUAUUGAUGCCAACAUUGAUUCUUUCGAGUGGUCUUCUUCAAAAACUGAUGCUAUUCCUGCUACCUUGAAGAUCCCAAAGUUGGAAAAGUUGGACUAAUAUGAAGCCAACCAGCAACAUUUUACAUUUCAUCUUCAAUAUGUUUAGAGACAUGUUCUUUUUAAUCUUUUGUGUCACACUUUUAAUUGUUUGUUU